GAAUACCUUCCCAGAAGCUGGAUCUACAGCUAGCAGGGAUUUUGUAGAAAUGUAGUCCUUUUGCGGUUGGACACACCACACCAUGUUGUAACUGCCCGUGUGUCUUGUUUACUCAUCCCUUAAUGGUUGGCCUCUUGAGAACAGGAAAUUUCUCUUUGAAAUCUGACAGAAGAAGCACACAAUCCAUGUGUGGGAAGUGUUCAAGAAGUCUCUUUUCUGAGCAGAAGCUAUUUACAGAACGAAAAUGCUUGGGCAAUAGAGAACAAGUGGCAACAAUGCAAUCCACUUGUGCUACCAGACCACCAAGGAUGCCUUGGUUAAAUAUUAGCUAAUGUGCAGCCCUGUGCUUGCUCUUAAGAUUUACUGAUUUCAGUAGAAAGGAACCUAAACACACACACACACACACACACACACACACACACAUGCACAAAACUGGUCAUGUUAUAUAAUCCACUCACCAGGAAUAAUCUCUAAUCACCAAAAAAGUAUACAUUGGCUUUGUCUGUGGCCUGAUUAAGUGCAACUGUCCAAGCAAAGUAGGUUAUGUGUGAUGAUGUAUCUGCUGUGUGAAUGACAGGUUUGGUUGGUGAAUGAAUUUAUCCUGUAUCUUUGCUUCCUCUAAGUGGAAUUUUUCUCACUUUAGAACAAAUAGAUCAACAGCAUUGGCUUAUCCAGUACAUGUAAGACACAAUUUCAGUAAAGGCCAAUUUUCCCAGAAUUAAAACAACAAUAAAGGCUCUCUUUACCGUCUUAGUUUCUUACAUAACAAUGGCCAUUUGUUGGGAGAGAGAUUAACGUAGUUAUUUGGUUUCUUCCUGGUAUGAUCUAACUAACAACUACAUCUCUUAAUGUCCCUCUAUCCACCUGUAUCUUGUAAACUCGGAAAAUUCAUUAUCUUGGUGUGUCAGAGAAAUGGCCGGGAGAUUGGUGAUAACUAGCUUGUUUCUGGCCAAGUCAUUUGGCAUGAUUUUAGAACAGCGAGUGAGCAAGAGAGCGUGGCAAAGGAGAGCAGGGCAAAGCUGGCGUCCAAUCUACAUCUGCUCCUGCGGACCUUAGCUGGUGCUUUGUCAUGUCUUAGCAUGACGGUAUUCAAGCCAUGUGAGGUUUGAAAAUAUAUAUAUACCCAGCUCAGAGCAAGGGCUGAGAACAACCACUUGCUUUGGUUUAAACCACACAACCCUGCUGAAUUGGUGUUUUUCAAGCUAAUACAAAUUAGCAUCAAUCUACUGGUUGAAACCCGUGCUAAAUUUGGCCAGGCCCAAAUGAUUCCAUCAGGCUUCGACACAGCACCUAAUGCUGCUACUUCCUUGCUUUCUCCAGCCAUGGAUGAUUCCAGCGAGAGUGUGUUUAGGACGUUGAUCAGGAUGUUCAAACAUCUCCGGAAAUGGUUUGUUGCUCGCUGUUUUGGGCAUUCUCGGCAAAGAACACGACUCGUUUCCAAAGAUGGAAGGUGUAACAUAGAAUUUGGCAAUGUGAAUGCACAGUCCAGGUUCAUAUUCUUUGUGGACAUCUGGACGACAGUGCUUGAGCUCAAAUGGAGGUACAAAAUGACGGUGUUCAUCACAGCCUUCCUGGGGAGUUGGUUCCUCUUUGGUCUCCUGUGGUACGUGGUAGCCUAUGUCCACAAAGAUCUCCCAGAGUUCCAUCCUGCUGACAAUCACACUCCUUGCGUGGAGAAUAUUAAUGGCAUGACCUCAGCCUUUCUGUUUUCUCUGGAGACUCAGGUGACCAUAGGGUAUGGAUUCAGGUGUGUGACAGAACAAUGUGCCACUGCCAUCUUUCUGCUCAUUUUCCAGUCCAUUCUUGGUGUUAUCAUCAAUUCAUUCAUGUGUGGCGCCAUCUUAGCCAAGAUCUCCAGACCCAAAAAACGUGCCAAGACCAUUACGUUCAGCAAACAUGCAGUGAUCAGCAAGCGGGGUGGCAAACUCUGCCUUUUAAUUCGAGUGGCCAAUCUUAGGAAGAGCCUUCUUAUUGGCAGCCACAUAUAUGGAAAGCUCCUGAAGACCACAAUCACUCCUGAAGGAGAGACCAUUAUUUUGGACCAGACCAACAUCAACUUUGUAGUCGAUGCUGGCAAUGAAAAUUUGUUCUUCAUCUCCCCACUGACAAUCUACCACAUCAUUGACCACAACAGCCCUUUCUUCCACAUGGCAGCAGAAACCCUUUCCCAGCAGGACUUUGAACUAGUGGUGUUUUUAGAUGGCACAGUGGAAUCGACCAGUGCUACUUGCCAAGUUCGCACAUCCUAUGUCCCAGAGGAGGUGCUCUGGGGCUACCGCUUUGUUCCGAUAGUCUCUAAGACCAAGGAAGGGAAAUACCGAGUCGACUUCCACAACUUUAGCAAGACAGUGGAAGUGGAGACUCCUCACUGUGCUAUGUGCCUUUAUAACGAGAAAGAUGCCAGAGCUAGGAUGAAGAGAGGCUACGACAACCCCAACUUCAUCCUAUCAGAAGUUGAUGAAACCGAUGACACUAAAAUGUAGCAGUGGGUUUUUCAACAGGAAGAAGUCUUCAAGGACGUAAGGGACCAGAGGCAUUAUGAACUGAUCAGCAUUUGGAGUGUCUGAAAGUGGAAAGAGAACUGGCUAGGACUACUGGUACAACGACCGUCAAACUGUGAUCCUACAGGACACAGAGCCCUGCCGUGUUAAAGCAUGUGAUGCUUUCGUGUGAAACUGCAUACAGAAGCCAGAGGAGCUCACUAGGAAUCUUGAAUGUGGUUAUUUGAGAUCACGUAAUGUUGAUGGAGGAUAGACAAAUAUCAUCUGCCAUCUUGACAGACUAAAGGAGAUAUUUUUGUAGAGGCUUCUUGAAGAAUUUCAAAGCUUUAGACAGGAUCAGAAGACAGCUCUAUUUCUUGCUUUUGAUUCUAUGUCUAAGAAAAACAUUCCUUCUAUUUUAAUACUGACUUCUAUCAAUGAAGAAAACGUCUCAUGAUUUAAGGGCAGUGAACUAACUCACUGAUGGCAACCAGAGAUGGUUAUACAGAGAAUGGUUGAAAUUCUGACCUUCUCCAGCUCUGGUGUUUGGAGCCCUCAGUGGAGUCUGGGUCAUGUGGGGAGAAAGGGAAAGAGAAGACACAGCCCAGACACUCUGCACCAUUCCAUACCCAUAGUGGGGAGGAAUCACAUGACUGGAACUUGUUUUUGUGGCCUGCUCAAGUGCCGUGGCCCACCCUGGGCUUUGGUCCAAAUGAUCUCACAUGGUACAUUUAGACAUAGGCUGAAUCUAUACUGUAGAAUAUCAAUGAACAUCUUUCUGUAAGGCAGGAAUGCUUGAGUUGAGCCGACUAGUGAUAGCUCUUUCAAUUUACAACAAAUGAGUGAAGGCACUACAAAUCUAUUAAAAGUGUACUUAUUCCUUGCUCUUCCAAGAUGGCGAUAGGGACUGUGGAGCUGUAGUUGACCUAGGGGAGGGAU